AUGCUGGCAGCACGCUGCUGGCGGCUCUUAUCUCGCCUGAGGGGACCGCGUGGUUUCAGGGCGGGUCACGUAAGCAGCUCGGGGGCCAGAGGGGCCACACACACCCAGACUUUCCUGUAUGUGCCUGGAAACAACGCCCCACUCCACACCUCUGCCCAGCGGUACAGUGACCAAAGUGUGGGCGGCGCCCCGGCCAGCCACUAUCAGCUCAUAUACACCUGCCGGGUUUGCUCAACAAGGUCUAUGAAGAAAAUCUCAAAGUUGGCGUAUCACAGUGGAGUGGUGAUCGUGAAAUGCCCUGGCUGCAAGAACCACCACAUCAUCGCCGACAACUUGGGCUGGUUCUCCGACCUGGAAGGGAAAAGGAAUAUUGAAGAAAUCUUGGCAGCCAAGGGGGAAAAAGUUCAUCGUGUUGUAGGAGAAGACGCCCUAGAGCUGCUGCUUGAGAGCAGCAGAAGAGAAGAAGUUCCAGAUCAGUCAGAAGACGACAACAAAAUGGCAUCUCCCCCAAGCCCAGAAGAUAAGUCUGUUACGUGA